AGUGUUGUUCAGCCGCUGCUGUAUCUGUGUAUUCGUGCAGUGAAAUGGCAGAAACCUGUAUGUCAGUGGCUCGGGAUCAGUUCAGCUGUUCAAUCUGUUUGGAUCUACUGAAGGAUCCAGUGACCAUCACCUGUGGACACAGUUACUGUAUGAGCUGCAUUACAGACUGCUGGAAUAAAGAGGAUCAGAAGAGAGUUUACAGCUGCCCUCAGUGCAGACAGACCUUCACUCCAAGACCUGUUUUAGGUAAAAAUACUAUCCUGGCUGAAGUGGUGGAGAAACUAAAGAAGACAAAAGUCCAAACACCUCGUCCUGCUCUCAGUUAUGCUGGACCUGGAGAUGUGGAGUGUGACUUCUGUACUGGAAGGAAACGCAAAGCUGUAAAGUCCUGUAAGAUGUGUCUCGAAUCAUACUGUCAAACUCACUUUGAGUGUCAUGAAGAAUCUCCUUUAAGGAAGCGACACAAAGUGACUGAUGCCACUGGACGACUGCAGGAGAUGAUCUGUCCUCAACAUGAAAGACUUCUGGAGGUUUACUGUCGUACUGACCAGCGAUGUAUUUGUUUACUGUGUAUGAUGGAUGACCAUAAAAAUCACGAUAAUGUUUCAGCUGAAGCAGAGAGGACGGAGAAACAGAAACAAGUUGAAAAGAUACAAGAAAAAUUCCAGCAGAGAGUCCAAGAGAGACAGAAAGAGCUUCAGGAGCUCAGAGAGGCUAUGGAGAUUCACAAGAGCUCUGCACAGUCGACAGUGGAGUACAGUGAGAAGAUCUUUACUAAACUGAUCCACUUCAUCAGGAAAAGCCGAUCUGAGAUGACACAGAUGAUCAGAGAUCAGGAAAAGGAUGCAGUGAGUCGAGCUGAAGAACGACUGGAGCAACUGGAGCAACAGAUUGAUGAUCUGAGGAGGAGGGAAGCUGAUCUGGACCAACUUGCACUCACUGACGAUCACAUACAUUACCUGCAGAGCUUCCAGUCUCUCUCUGAACCUCUGGAAUCCACUGAUGUAUCCAGAGUUACUGUCAGUUCUGUCCUCUCUUAUGUAGAUGUGAGGAAACCUGUCUCGAAACUGAAAGAACAACUAGAGAAGUCCUGCAAAGAAGAGAUGAAAAAAAUAUCUGGUCAAGUAACAAACAUCAACAUCAUUUCCAUUAAUAAACCCAAGACUAGGGUGCGGUUACCGUGUAAGUCAUUAUGA